AUGAGUUUGGCGGACCCGCGUCCUCUGGAGGCCGCGACUACGCACGCCUCCUCCCUCUCCAAUUCAAUACGAUUGGCACUGCUCCCCGCGUCCAUGAAAUUGCCACGCGAUAAGAGCAGCUCGCCAGAGCCUCUCGCAGUCUUCUUACCACCCGAGUUUUGCUGCAUGAGUGUCAAAAGCUCGACGCAAAGCUCCUCCUUAUUCUCCUCCGGUAUCUCCACCGUCAGCCCCGGCCGCGGGUGCAGUGUGAUGGAGUGGCGGGCGAUAAUGCAGCCAGUGCUGUUGAGUCUGUUCAAGCACUGGAGCGUCGCCGCGAUUCGUCCCGGGCUGUUUCGCCGCUUCUGCGUCGGGGACGUGUUAUUUGCCCGGGAGAGAAAACUCGCCAACAGUACACCAUCAGCACCGUGCGUCAACUCCCCCCACCGGUCCACAAGGGUGGAUGCGCCACGCGCCCUGCGCGCCGACUGCUCCUCGUCUUCCUCCAGCUGUAAGGAAAGGAAGCGGCAUGAGUGGCAGGACUCCCGGGCGAGUGAGUCGCAGGAGGCAUCGCCACUGCUAGAAACGUCACUGCCGCUUCUACUGUGGAUUUCGGGGUGA